AUGCCCCCUGUUCUUGUGGAUCUUCAUUUUUAUCUUUCUUGGUACGAUCAUUCGCACCAUGCUCUUGCUGUCCCUCCUGUUAGUGCAGCGCCCCCUGCUCGAAAGGUUGCCAACAAACGAGUUGCUGCGGCGAAGGUUGUCAAAAAAACUGCUGACAUGGACGCCCAGGUUAAGAGAGCUGCCCCAAAAAAGAAAACAACUAAACCUGCGUCCAAUGUUGUUGCUCAACAGCCCCCUUUGUCCGAAGUCCCUCCUGUACAGCCCAAGAAGGACCAUGUGACUGUCAGUGAAACGAAAUUCAGGCCUGGAAACCCCAUGCUUCGCCAAGGAGCUCCCGCAGCGGCGACGGUCAACGCGGUCGAAGCUGAUGAGGAAUAUGAAGGGGCGUCUGAUGCAGAAGAGGUGGUUACAGACGGUGAGCUGCGUGACGAGGAUGAUGAUGAUGAUGACCACGACGACGACGACGACGAAGAUGAAGAGGAGCAAGGCGGUGACUCCGAAGACCUCGAUGACUUCAUUGAAGAUGAUGAAGACGCACUUGAGGACGAAGAAUACGAGGAGGAAGAGGAGGAAGACGAAGACGACAAAGAUGUUGAAGAUGACUUGAACAAUCUUGAAGAGCAAGGAGGUAUUCUUACUGACGAAGGAGAGGACAUUGAGGAGCCAAUUAAAAACGUCCCCGCACCUCCCAUCGACGAUGUCUUUACUUCCGCCCCAACUCUCCGGAAAUCCCGCAAGAUCAAAAGGCCGAGGGAGUCUACCCCUACACCUGAGUUUCCUACGCAUGGGUCACAAUUGCCAGCAACACCCGCAACUCCGGUUGCAGAUAGGUCUCCUACCAAACGUAUGCGCACGGAACCUCCGCCUACGCCUUCUCCGACGAAGAGGGCCACCCCCAAGAAGAAAGCCAGCGAAACUCCUGCUACUCCUGCCAGGCGAUCAGCCCGCAAGGCCGCUGCAGAAACUCCGUCCUCCAGGAUGAAUGCUCUUUCUAUCGUCGAUAUUGGAACUCCUUCUUCGAUCCCUGAAAGCAAAUCUCCUUCAAAAAAUACCCGCAAAGUGUCGACACCUCGUUCCAAGAUUGCGAAGAAGUCUCAGGCACCCAAGGCGGGAACUGUUUCUGUUGCUACCGACAAUGACACUGUUGUUGUGUCCGCCCCCGUUACAGCCAGCGCUAUUGCUCCUGUUGUCACCAGUGCCGCUAUUCCGGCUCCCAGUGUUGUGCCACCCGCCCUGGGACCACGUAGCCUCCGAAAUCCUGCUCUUUUGGUAUACAACUCCGAUCUCAAUAGUGUUCAAUCAGCGGCUUUGCCAUUUGCGUGCGAGGUUUCGGUUGGAAUUACUAGAGAUCCCGAACUCGAAGUGAAAGGAUGUUACAAAAACCUUCCACACCUCAGGCAAAUAGAGACCUUUAGCAACGUCGACACCACUCAAGUUCAUGGGCUGGUGGGCUUCAGUCAAUUGCAACAGUGGCAUGGCGCGAAUUUUCCCUCCAGUUUCCUUGCAUCCUUCCUCAACUUUUCCAUUGAGGAAUGUUUCGCCAAUCUUGGUCGCGUUAGCCCUUUGCUAUUGAAGUCACAGUCCAUGUGGGGACAACGUUACGAACUUCGAAACGCAUCUGGAGAGCCGUUACAGUGCCUAACUCCAAUUGUGACAACGUCCUCGUUUCUUCACGAAAUGAAUCCUCGAUUGACAUGGGGAGGCCAUUACGUCCAAGGGGUUCCGAUGGCAUAUUGGUGGGACCGGGCUUUGGCUGUCAUCGGGAUGGUAACCCAUCAACCAAAGUUAGAGGUCCCUUCCUACCACAACGCGAUACAAUUUACCACCAAGAACAAACCGAACGACAAAAGUGCAGAUGAACAAAUGAGCUCUACCGCGCAGACACUUCCUAAGUCGCUUUUUACAACCGCACCGGCGGUAUCGCUCAAGACGACUCCUCAGCCCAAGAAAAAAGCCACAAUGUUGGCUUACAGCGAAAAAUUUCCCAUUUAUGAUUUGCGUACUUUGUUGAAAGAUUUUCCUGAGAAGACUUUCACCAAGGAGAUGCUGGAAGACAGAGAUUUAUAUCUUCCUUUGUGGAAUGAAAUACCCUAUGGUUCGUUGGUCAUUAUGUCCCAUAUGAUUCACAUCGCACAACCUGCGACCGGUGGAAAUCAUUUUAAAUUGUUCAACUAUGCACAGUGGGGAUUUUUGCUGUCCAGUCCAACUGUUGACUAG